AUGCGUUACGCCUCCAGCCUCAGCUUUUUUAUCUUGUCUAUGUCACAUACUUAUGGCUGGUUAAGUCAGAUCACCGAAGAUUCGGAUUCUCUCUUGAGCUCGUUUACCGCCUUCCUGCACAGUGUCUCGAUACCUGUAUUUUGUAUUGUGACAAAGCUUACAAGGCGCGGUACAAAUCUGGCCCGUACCCGUGGUCAUAUUCAUUCCCUGCUGGUCGUAGGAGUUUGCGAAGGGGAUGGAGAGUGUAACGUGGGAGAUCACUGCGGAGGGGAAGGCUGGGGCAGAGGAUGCUGA